CAAACUGUAAAAAAUUUAGAAAUAAAGACUGAAUGGGCGUCAAAAUUAGCCGGAGCAAUACAAAUCCCAACAGUGUCAAGAGACAAUGAUGAUCUGAGCCUGGAGGAGCUUUCAAAUCUCCACCUGUAUUUAAAGACGACAUUCCCUGAUGUAUUUUCCUCAAGUUUUGUAGAAGUAACAGCUGUAAAUGAGCAUAGUCUCCUCCUGUCUGUGUCUGGAUCACAAAUCACAAAAAACCCGUACCUGCUGGCCGCUCAUCUAGAUGUAGUACCUGCAGGAGACCUUGACAGAUGGGAUCAUCCACCCUUUCAAGAUCAGAUCAUAUCUGAGGAAGGUGUUGAAUAUGUGUUUGGACGAGGAGCACUAGAUGACAAGCAUAGUGUUAUUGGCAUCCUUCAGGCACUAGAAGAAAUACUUAAAGAUGGAGGCAGACCCAAGAGAAGUUUUUAUAUUGGAUUUGGACAUGAUGAAGAGGUUGGCGGGGAACAAGGUGCAGCUAAUAUAGCUCUGGAGCUUCAGACAAUACUUGAGGAGCAGCAGCAAACUUUAGACUUUAUCCUAGAUGAAGGAAUGUAUGUGACACAGGGACUUGUACCCGGAGUUGAUUCACCUGUCAUCUAUAUAGGAGUUGUGGAGAAGGGUUCAGCAACUAUUGAACUAAGUGUUGAUGGAGUUCAGGGACAUUCCAGUAUUCCACCCAGGGAAAGUGCAAUUGGAAUUCUAUCUGCUGGUGUAGCACAUCUUGAGCAGAACAGACAUCCAGCAUAUUUUAGUCAAGGACCUGAAUAUGAUACUAUGGAAUACCUGGCUCCUCAUGCAUCCUUCCUCUAUAAGUUGAUUUUCUCAAACCUCUGGCUCCUAUCUGGCGCACUCUCAUCAUUUCUAGCAGGUGAUUCCACUACGGAUGCUUUACAACGCACCACAACAGCUGUAACAAUGUUUAACGCUGGGAUUAAAGAAAACGUCAUGCCAAGCAUUGCAAAGGCAACAGUAAACCACCGGAUCCAUCCCACCUCAAACCUAGAAGAUGUCCUUGUGCAUGAUACCAAUGUUAUUCAUGAUGCCAGGAUAAAGAUUAAAGUGCUAGACUACUUCCCGCCACCCAGAAUAUCCCCAUAUUCUGAUGAUUCUCUUCCUUUCCAGACCAUAGCAGGGGCAGCACUACAGGUAUUCCCUGAUGGGAAUAUUACCCCAGGAACUCUGGUGGCAAAUACUGACACUAAACAUUAUCUCAACUUUACUGAGAAUAUUUACAGGUUUACUCCAUCUUUUGUGAGAAAGACAGAUGUAUCUAGGUUUCACGGGUUUAAUGAGAGAAUAUCUGUAGAUAACUUUGCUCAGGUUGUUCAGUUUUAUUUCACUUUGAUGACAAAUGCUGAUUUCUUAGUUGAACCUAAAGAGGAAGGAUCUGGUUUAGAUGCUGUUGAGGAACUUGAAGGAUCAGCAGAGUUAAAGGCGGAAGAAACAGAAGAGGAAGGAGAAGAUGAAAAAGAAGAAACUGGAGAAGAGGAAGAAGAUGAAAAAGAAGAAACUGGAGAAGAGGAAGAAGAUGAAAAAGAAGAAACUAGAGAAGAGGAAGAAAAACAAGAUUCUGAAUUUCAAGAUUAUGAUGUUGUGAACAGCGAUGUCUAAAUUUUCGUUUUAGAAAUUUUUUGCUUUUUACUUUCCAAAUUUAAAUUUAAGCCAAAUGAAAUAUUGCUUUAUUCCACAUGCAUCAUUACAAACUACGUUUAUCUUUCUUUCCUUCAUCUCAUUAACCGAACUAUUGUGAUCCUAAGGUUGCAAGCUAUCCCGCUAAAAUGAGUGAGAGUUUUGCCAAUUUCUUCGUUUACGACCCUGCAGUCUUAUAAAUCGAUGCAACUCUUCAUAGUUGCUUGAAUCUAUGUGGUCCUGGUCGCCUUCAUCAAGCAUUUUUUUAAGAUUUGUGACGAAAUAACAAGAACUACCCAGGAUGGUUCGAUCUCGCUUUACUCAUGAAAUGCAAUUAGUAUCUUACCAUUGUUACAUAAGAAUUGAGUCUUGGUUACAAACUCUGGUUUUAUAAAUCCCUUUAUAUUCGCACCCAAAUGUCGCAGACCUUAAAUAUUUCACACUAUGACAUCAGCUAGAUCACAUAAUCUUAUUUUGAGACUAUAUAAGAUAUAACAUCUGCAUGUUGCAAGUAUAAAAGGAAUUAGAAAUGUGAGUAUGUGGCAAAAACUCGAUUCCUUUCUUGAAAUGUAAAUGGUCCCACCAAAAUUUUAAUUUAAAUUUUUAAAAACUUAACGUAAAUGUUGUAGAGGUUUUUCAGCGAACAUAUUUAAUAAAAAAAUUUCCUCAUUUUCAAACUUAA